ACCCUACAGCCUAGAACCUUCUACUACCCUCCAGAGUCUGAACCCCGGCUUUAAGAACAGAAGACGAAAUCAUCUGUAGGAAAAGCUGAAAAACCCUAGUCUGAAGCAAUGGCGAAGCGUCUGAUUCCGACUCUGAACCGAGUUUUGGUGGAGAAGAUCAUUCCUCCAUCCAAAACCUCAGCUGGUAUUCUUCUUCCGGAGAAGUCCCCCCAGCUGAACUCUGGGAAAGUGAUAGCAGUAGGACCUGGUCUACGUGAUAGAGAAGGGAAAGUGAUUCCAGUCGGUGUGAAGGAAGGGGACACUGUUCUUUUACCUGAAUAUGGGGGCUCCCAAAUCAAGCUUGACGACAAAGAGUAUCAUUUGUAUAGGGAUGAGGACAUCCUGGGUACUCUGCAUGAUUGAGUAUUUUUCAUGUCUGGAGGCUUUUCGAUGGAUGCUGUAACUCAUUUUUUUUUUUCUAUGGAUGCUGUGAGGGACAUUGGAAUAUGCUAAAGGAGAACAUUUUCGCCAUUUCUGUGUUCGUUUUUCUUUCUUUUCCUUCAAAUAUUCUGAACUGGAGCCUAUUUUGGUUAGGCAUAACAUUGACAUUGGUUUAAAGACCUGUGAUGGGGUUGUUCCAUGAAA